AUGUUUAAUGAUCUUGAUUAUUUGGAAGUGCAAGAUGAAAUUCCAUUUGAAUAUGAAUUUUUUAUUCCAAUUGCUUGGUCUUUUCCUUUACUUAAAUACUUAUCGAUUUUGAAUCUUUCAUCACAAUCAUCAAUAUCAAAGAAAUUCGACUGUAAUGAUAAUCAGUUAUAUUCAAUUGUUAAAUAUCCUUAUCUUAUUUCACUUAAUCUUUAUUCUGCUCAUAAUGAUUAUGUUGAACAAUUUCUCAAUGAUAGAAAAACAUAUUUAUCUCAUCUAGAUAAAUAA